GGGGUGCACACUGACACCGCGCACAGGCACAUCGCCUGCAGCAACGGCAUGACCAUGGACAUGGACAUAGCUCACCGAGACCACCUCCUCGCCGAGCUUCAGGGCCUCAUCGGCGUCGCCACCCUGCUCCUCUGCCUUAUCGCCGAGCUCUACGUCUUCGCCUUUCAGCGCCACGCGGCGCUCUUCCUUGUCCCUGCGGCAGCAAUGCUGCUUCUCCUCCGCUUCCGGCUCCGCGCUGCGGCCGAGGACAUCGGGCUGGUAGACUUCUCGUGCCUGAAGCCGCCCCGCCGGCUGCGCAUCCCGGUGGCGGGGCUGCUCGAGCACCUCAGUCUCAUCGGCUGCUUCGACGACGGCAGCGUCGACUUCAUGACCAAGGUCAUCGAGGGCAGCGGCAUGGGCAACGAGACCUACUUCCCGCCCUCGCUGCACUACAUCCCGCCGGCGGCCACUCACACCGACGCCGUCCAGGAGGCGCGCAUGCUCUUCUUCCCCACGCUCGACGACCUCUUCGCCAGGACCGGCGUGCCGCCGUCCGCCGUCGGGGCGCUCGUCGUCAACUGCAGCGGCUUCUGCCCGGCCCCGUCGCUCGCCGCCAUCAUCGCAAACAGGUAUCGGAUGCGCGAAGACGUCAAGACCUUCAACCUCUCCGGCAUGGGCUGCGCCGCGGGGGUCAUCGGCGUGGACGUCGCGAGGAACCUCCUCCGGACGCACGCCACCAUGUCCUACGCGGUCGUCGUCAGCGCCGAGAUUGUCACUGUCGGCUGGUACAGCGGCAAGGACCAGGGCAAGCUGCUCCUCAACUGCUAUUUCCGCACCGGCUGCUCCGCCGCGCUCGUCACGAACAAGCGCGGCGCCGCAGCAACGGUCCCAAUCAAGUACCGGCUCGUCAGCCUGACGCGCACGAACCAGAUAGCCAACGACCGCAGCUACCGCUCGGGUUACCGCGACGAGGACAACGAGGGAAUCACCGGCUUCACCCUGGGCCAGGGCGUCGGGCGCAUGGUCAGCGAGCUGCUGCGCGCGCACCUCGUGACACUCAGCCUGUCCAUCCUCCCCUGGCGCGCGAAGCUGCGCUACGUGGCCGCGCUGCUCCUCUCCGCGCGCCAACGCCGGGACAAGCUCGCCGGCAGCAGCCCCGCCGUGCCGCUGCCCGACUUCCGCGUGGCCGCGGACCACUUCUGCCUCCCGUCCUCGGGCAGGCCGAUGAUCUGGCGCCUGGGGCAGGGGCUCGGGCUGGGGGAGCGAGAGAUGGAGGCGGCGCUGAUGACGUUCCACCGGUUCGGCAACCAGUCGGCGGCGUCGCUGUGGUACCAGCUCGCGUACCUGGAGGCCAAAGGGCGAGUCCGCGCGGGCAACACGGUGUGGCAGCUCGGCAUCGGCAGCGGCCUGAAGGCGAACAGCCUGGUGUGGGAGCGCGUCGACGCCGACGGGCACGACGGGGAGGGCGCGCUGGGGCCGUGGGCGGACUGCAUCCACAAGUACCCCGUCACAGAAACGUAAGCGCGCGCAAAAGAACGCGGAUCACGUCGCCCAAACUUCCAAUUCCAUCAAGUGCUGUUUUAUUUGUGAGAAGUACCAAGUGUUGUUCCAGUUACAUGAUCGAUCAAGUGUGUACUAAGUAGUGAUAUAUUUUCCCAUAAAAAAUUACUUGUUCUGUGGUA